CGUUUCGAAAGCAAAUCUAGAAAGCAAACGAGCAAAACGAAACCAGGGAGAAGCGCCCCCUUUCCGGCUCUUCUCCCACUCUGAACGGUCUCACUCAUCGUCGCUGACAUUCCUAGCAGCGGAGCUCCAACGAAAACUAGAAGCGGUUCAGCUAUGCCGAAUGUUUACGUAGCCUGAAUCCCGUUUCUUUUUUCGCACAUUUAACUUCUGGACAGAGCGCAAGCAUUUUGUGUCCCCAGCAGAGCCGGAGCAACGUGUUGCGUCCCGGAAUAAAGGGCUGGCGAUGCUUCUUCGCUGCUUUUAGCUUCAGGCCGGGCAUCCGAGUGUGGAUUCUUAGGGUUGCCUGUAAAGAAAAGUUGGAGAGAAGAUGGCAAGGCGGUCCAGAAGCCGGGCACGCCGGGCUGAGGUGGGUACGCAGCCGCACUCGCCGGGGCCGCCGGCGUCGCGCUCCAGAGCCUCAUUGCUGUUGUUCCCGGAGGCUGGCUACCACCCCAGCCUCUCCGAGGAGGACCCUGCAACCAUCCGCCAGAUCAGCUGCGGGCAAGCCUGCCUGGCGCUAGUGAAGACCAAUAGGACCGUGAUCGUUUUUGACAAGGCAGAGGGCGACGGAUGCCAAGGCCAAGCCAGGAAUCCCAAGCACAUCAAAUUAAAAAAGAAUGCCAAAGUGGAUUUGUUGGACUGUGAAGCAUCUCAUCUGCUCAUUCUCUCAUCAGAUGGAAAACUUUCUGAGCACAGAAUUGCAUCCAGAAAUGUUAAAUCAGAGCCAAGGCUAUUGAGAGAAUUAGGAGGCAAGUGCAUCAUUCAAAUUGCAUGUGGUGACCAUCAUUCCCUGGCAUUGUCAAAAGGAGGAGAGCUCUUUGCCUGGGGUCAGAAUGAAUAUGGCCAGCUAGCAACAGGAUGGAAGACUGACUCCAUUAAGGAACCACGGCCCGUGUGGAGGCUUGAAAACAUUCCUUUGGCCAAGAUUGCGGCUGGAUCUGCUCACAGCAUGGCACUCUCUGUGUUUGGAACUGUUUAUUCUUGGGGAAAGAAUGCUUUUGGACAACUGGGCCUUGGGGACACAGUAGAUAGAUACUCCCCUACAGUUGUGAAGGCCUUAGCGCAUGAGAAGAUAGCAUUCAUUUCAUGUGGUGGAGAGCAUUCGGCAGUUCUCUCAAAGGAUGGAUUAGUCUGCACUUUUGGAGCUGGCAGUUGUGGACAGCUUGGACACAAUUCCACCCGCAAUGAGCUGUUCCCACGUCUUGUGGCAGAGCUAUUUGGUGCCCGAGUGUCUCAAGUAGCCUGCGGAAGAUGGCACACACUUGUCUACAUCCCAGAGCUGGGGGAAGUCUACUCAUUUGGAUCUGGAGCAGAAGGGCAGCUCGGAGUGAGGGAAAAAUGUAACCGACUCAUCCCCCUUCCGCUUGACUUGACUGUGAAUGGCAGAAAAUUCAACAAGGAAGGAAGUGCCUCAGAAGAACUGGUUAAAAUUAUUGCUGGAGAAAACCAAAGUAUUGUGCUUCUUUUAAAGGAAAAGAAUUCAUAUGCAAAUUUAAACCGAAUGCUUGCCAGAGUGGAGAAGGAAAACGUAGAUAAGUGGGUUUCUAAUUCGGAUCCUAAAUGCUGGCAGACAAUGCGACAAGAUAUUAAGUUGAUCUUCUCAUCAGCGGCGUGCAUCAAUGGCAGCUUCCUGGAAAAGAGCAGAGAUAAACGUUUCAGAACAUCUUGGGAGGUUGCAGUUGUCGACAUGUCUGCUGUUUUCCUUUUCUGUGAGAAGAUUGCUGCUAAGCCUAAAGUCUUCACAGAGGUGAUAAAUGGCGUUAAGAAGCUUCUGCAGUCUCUCCUUGCCUUUCCUGGCUCCCCUGAAGCACUCGGAGUCUUCCUCAUUGUGCCUAUACUGUUACGGAGGCAGGAUAUCCAGUCAGAUCACCUCCUUAAUCAACUAGCACAAGCCAUAUGGCGUCUCCCACAGGAAGAGGAGCAAAUGCUUGAAUCUUUGUGGUCCAACCUGGAAGCCACCUUCUUCAAGGAUCUAGUGGGCAUGUUUCGGAAGCUUGUCAGUGUCAAUCUAUCUUCUGUCAUUAAACGUAUGAGAAGUUUAGAGGAGACAUACCAAGAUGAGGACUUCAUUUGGCCUCUUCAUGUCCUCCAGAUGCUUUAUGAGGUAAAUUGCAGAAGUGGCUUCAGAAUCCAGGAAAGCAACUUUUAUAUCCCUGAAGUGAAAAAAUGUCUGACUGCUCCAAAUAUGAAUCACAUACAAACUGAAGAACAAGUGAUGAGAAGAAUAUUAUCAAAGAACAAGGAACUGGAGUUGGUCUUCAAGGAACUUACCCAGUUCCCUUUUAUCUUUGAGUUGGAAGAUAAGGUUUUUGUGCAUCAAUUAGUAUGCAGAUGUCAGCAUGUGACAUACAUCAUGGCAAACUCUGGUAUCGUCUUUGAGCUAUGUGUACGGAGACAACAUCUGAUACAAGAUACCUGGCAGUGUUUAAGAAGUGCAAGAGCAGACUGGCAGUUCCUCAGAGUGCAUUUUACAGGAGAAUGCGGGAUUGAUGACGGCGGGCUGUCCCAGGAGUUCUUCACCAUCCUCAGAAGAGAGCUAUGUGAUCCAGAAGCACAGAUAUUCAGGCACUUUGAAGAAUCACAUCUCAUUUGGUUCUCCAGCCAGGUACCAGCACAGGAGGACACAUACUUUCUAAUCGGGAACCUGUUUGGAAUGGCUCUGUAUAAUUCGAAGAUAGCUGCUUUCCCCUUUCCUCUUGCUCUGUUCAAGAAGAUGGCAAAUAUUCAGCCGACUCUGGAAGAUUUAAAAGAGCUCUCUCCUAUAGUAGGAAGUAAUCUUCAGGCAGUCCUGGAUGAAGAUUAUGAAGAUGUCAUUGAAAACAUGAUGUUGGAUUUCACAGUAACAGAAGAACAUGAAGGAUGCAUAGUUGACAUUGACUUGAAAGAAAAUGGUGCCAACAUUCCAGUUACUAAGUGCAACAGAAAAGAAUACGUUGAUGCUUAUGUGAAUUACGUAUUCAAUGCGUCAGUGGAAAAGCAGUUUGGGGACUUCUUGCGUGGAUUUAAAAAAGGGUGUCCGAAUGAAACAUGGCAAAUGUUUCUUCCUGUUGAGCUCCAUGUUGUUCUGCUUGGACAUACGAAAUACGACUGGGAACAGCUUGAAAAGAAUGCAAAGUACUCUGGUUAUGAAAAGUCAGAUGAAACGAUCAAGAAUUUUUGGGCUGUGUUUCAUGACCUCCCUGAAGAAAACAAGAAAAAUUUUCUUGCUUUUCUCACAGGGACUGACCGCAUCCCAGCUCAAGGGAUGGAAAGAUUCAGAUUCACUAUUGCAGAUUCAAGAAAAGAAGAUCCAGACCGGUGGUAUCCUGAAGCCUGGACUUGCUGUCGAGUCUUGCUUCUUCCUAGAUAUACUAACAGAGAUGUUCUCAAGAAUAUGUUCCUGGGUGCUCUAGAGCACUAUGAAAAAUUUGGCCUGUGUUAAAGUCUGGAUAUAAUUUUGAUGCGCUUUUUCUGAAAUUGCUGUCAUUUUCUACCCUGUGCUUAAGCAGCUCUUUCCAGGAAAGAGUUAGUUCACUGAAACAAAACAGCAGGAUAUGUGUUUCUACUGGAGAUGUUAGUUUAGUUUAUUAAAUUUAUGAAUAGCUUCCCACACCCAAUGGAAGUCCUGUAGCCAUUUACAAAACAAAAGAUACAAAAGAUACAAAACAAAAUACAGUAUGUUAAGACAUCCAUUAAAACGAUACAAUACAAAUAUAUGAGGUGUUCAUUAAAUCUAGAAACAUAGGAUAUCCAUCCUGCCCAACACGGGAAUGAACACCAGAAUGACCACUAAAAGGCUGCUGUCCAAAUGUUCGGGAAAAUAAAUACAUCUUUGCCUGUUGCCGAAGAGAUAACAAAGUUGGCACCGGCCAAGCUUCGGGGUGGGGUGGGGGGCACCACAGAAAAGACCUGUUCUUUCAUUGCCACCCUCUGGACAUCUUUUGGAGGAGCCAAACGGAGAACACCCUCAGAUGUUGACUUCGGGGUCCAGAUAGCCUUGUAUGGGGACAAGUGGCCAUUAAAGUAUUGGGGUCUUGAGCCAUGUAAGGCUUUAUAAGUCAAAAUCAGCACUUUGAAUUGGGCUCACAAACAAAUUGGCAGCUAGUGCAGGUGAGCCAGAACCAGAGUUAUAGGUUCAGACCACUUAGUUCUGGUCAGUGGUCUGGAUGGUGCAUUCUGCACUAGUUAGAGCUUCUAACCUUUGAAAGCAGCCCAGUGUACAAUGCAUUGCAGAAAUCUAACCUGGAGAGUAGAUCCUUUGUUCUUGCAGCCAGUGUGGUGUAGUCGCUUUAAUGUUCAACUAUAACCAGUGAGAUAUGGGUUUAAAUCCCUGCAUAGUUCACUUGGUGAUCUUGAGGUCAUUCGCUGUUAGCUUAAUGUACCUCAUAGGAUUGUUGUGAGGAUAAAAGUUGAAAUGAACCAUGUUUGCUGCCCUGUGAUCCUUAAAGGAAUAAUAAAUAAUAUAUUUUCAUGUAA